UUUUUCUCAUUUUUCCUUAUCUAAUCCCUUUGGAUCAUUUUAUUCCCCUCUCUAUCCAGAAAAUUUUAAUUAAUUUUCUAUCUAAAUCCAAUUUAUUAGACAUAUAUAUAUUUUUUGAUUUAUACGUUGUUGUUAAUCUGAUAAUUGGAUUAUAUUGUUCCAUUGAUUUCUACUAUUGUUUAAUCGGAGAAGAAUUUAGCUUGUUUGGCUGCACAAUCUGAAGUUUUGGAUGAUUUGAAUUGGAUUGAGGCUGUACCUGUUUGAUUAAUAUCCAGAAUUUUUUUUGAAUUUUGGAUUGGGAAUUUGGUGGAUUUAUCCAUAGUAUCUUAAUUUCGAGGUUUUUGCUUGGAUUUCUGUAGUAAAAAAUGGUGAAUUGAAACAGAAAAACUGAAAAAAGGGGAAAUAAAUAGAGGAAAUUGGUGGUGCUGGUAUUGCGAUGGACUGUAGGGUUUAUGCUGCGGCGGUUGACGGGUGGUUGAGGGUGGGAAGAGGUGGUGGAGCAAGCGGUGGACGUGUUGGAGGUUUAAGGCAGAUGGCAGAUGGUUUCAGCCAUGAAAGCGAGAAUGACUUGGCGGCUAUGGUGAGAGAUUUCCUGGAGAAUGGAAGUGCCGGGACGGACUCCGGCUGUAGCACUGACAGCGACUCCAGUUUCUGCGAGCUUGCUCACCUUGCCGACAAAAUCUCGAAUUUGAAGUCAGCUGUUGAUCAAUAUCAGAGUGACCUGCUUUCGGUUGUUAAUUCACUUAUGCUGUCUAUUAAUGAAGCAGACCUCCAUAUUAUUAAGUCAGGCAAGUGCAACGGUAGCUGCAUCCGAUAUUCUUUGGUGAAACUCUUGAGGCUUUCGGGCUAUGAUGCUGGUGUUUGUGUUUCAAAGUGGCAAGGCCAUAACAAGGUUCCCGGAGGGGAGCAUGAAUACAUUGAUGUCAUUAAUUAUUAUGACAGUGCUGGGAACUCGGAGCGUGUGAUCAUCGAUAUUGACUUCCGUAGCCACUUUGAAAUUGCUAGAGCCGUCGAAUCAUACAAUAGAAUACUGGAUUCUCUUCCAGUUGUUUAUGUGGGCACUCUGACAAAGCUGAAACAGUAUCUUCAAGUAAUGGUUGAAGCCGCUAAAUCAUCUCUCAAGCAGAACUUAAUGCCUCUUCCUCCAUGGAGAUCCUUCGCUUACUUGCAAGCGAAGUGGGAGUCUCCAUACCAGAGAAAGUUCAACCCCGAUAAUCCAAACAUUACCCGAACUUUUUCUUCUCAACACAUACAGUGCAUACCUCAUCUAAAGCGACUGCAAUCCACACUCCAACCCGAAACUGAAGUCGAACGUAUACUCAGGCCUGUAAACAGCGACAGGCCACGGCUGAACCUCGGGAGGCGGAGGCGACCCUCUUUCCGGGCUCUAUAAUAAAACUCCAACAAGGUGAUUCUUUCCCUAUUUUGAAUAAGUUCUCUGGACAAGAAACAGAAACCUAGUUUCACAUUAUACCUGACAUCAAGAGAUCCAAGACAAUGAAGUUGAUUUAUAUAUACAUACAUAUAUAGAGUUUCAUCAUCUUCUUGACUUUAAACCACGGAAGAAAACAAGACCCUGAGGUUUAUGCAAUUCCUGGUUGAUUUUCCCACUAUACAGCAGAGCAGUACAACAAUAUGGUAAUCCACUAAUCUGAUUGGUGCUCAACAAAAUGCAUGGAGCAUUAUCAUUAGAUAGAGAGGUACUAUACUAUAAUAUACUAUAAUACAGUAUAUUUUUUCGUAUGUUCUUUGGUCGAUUUCUCAGGUCUGGGAAUAAUGUCUUUUUCCCUUUUAUCUAUUCAAAUGUGAAUUGUAGUAGUCAAUAUAGUUGGUGAUUUAUUAUUGUUAUUAUACCAGUGGGAUCUGUAAUGUUCUCACGGUGACUGUUAUUUCAGUCAGCAAAAUACAAAUAAAAUUUAAAAGAGUGAAAAAGAUGAUUCAAUUCUAA